UUUUUUUGCCGGGAAAGUGUGACGCGGCGUAGUGGGCGUGGUUUAUUCGUGUUGGACCCGGCGGAGAGCGGAGCGGCUUGGUUCACGUUGGAUUAAAAUCAUUUUCAAAGUUUUAUUUUUUAGUAAUAAUAGUAAAUCUCAUACUAAGAUGUCCGGUUUUGACGACGCCGGUAUUUUUUACAGCGACAGCUUCGGAGGGGAGCAGCAGGCGGACGAUGGAUCGGUCAAGAAAACUCACGUUAAGAAGAGAUUUCGCGAGUUUCUGCGUCAGUACCGGGUCGGGACCGACCGGACCGGCUUCACCUUCAAAUACAGAGACCUGCUGAAGAGACGCUGCACUCUGGGGGAGUUCUGGAUGGAGGUGGAGAUGGAGGAGCUGUCCAGCUUCGAUGAGGACCUGGCAGACUGUCUCUAUAAACAACCAUCGGAGCACCUGCCCUUGCUGGAGGAAGCUGCCAAGGAAGUAGCUGAUGAGGUCACCAAGCCCCGCCCCGCCGGAGAGGAAGCGAUACAGGACAUCCAGGUCAUGCUGAGGUCAGAGGGCAACCCGGCCAACAUGCGCAGCCUGAAGUCGGAUCAGAUGUCCCGGCUGGUUCAGAUCCCUGGGAUGGUGGUCUCGGCCGCGGCGGUCCGUUCGAAGGCGGUCCGCGUGUCUCUGCAGUGCCGGGGGUGUCGAGGCGUGAUCGCGAACAUCGCGGUGAGACCGGGGCUCGAGGGGUACGCCCUGCCACGCAAGUGCAACACGGAGCAGGCGGGUCGUGUGAAGUGUCCCGUCGAUCCCUACUUCCUGAUCCCUGAUAAGUGCUCCUGUGUGGAUUUCCAGACCCUGAAGCUGCAGGAGUCCCCGGAGUCCGUCCCGCACGGGGAAAUGCCUCGACACGUCCAGCUGUACUGUGACAGGUACCUGUGUGAUCGGGUGGUUCCUGGUAACAGAGUCACUAUCAUGGGGAUCUACUCCAUUAAGAAGUCUGGGAACCCGAGCCGCAGUAAGGGGCGGGACCGCGUGGGAGUCGGGAUCCGGAGCUCCUACAUCCGGGUCGUGGGGAUCCAGGUCGACACGGAGGGAGUAGGACGCAGCGUCGUGGGGGCGGUCUCUCCGCAGGAAGAGGAGGAGAUUCGCAGGCUGGCAGCCACGCCCAACGUCUUCGAGUCCAUCGCCAAGAGCAUAGCGCCCUCUAUCUACGGGAGCGUGGAUGUGAAGAAAGCCAUCGCCUGCCUGCUGUUCGGAGGCUCCCGCAAGAGGCUGCCUGAUGGUUUGACUCGGAGGGGGGAUGUCAAUCUGCUGAUGCUGGGAGAUCCCGGCACAGCCAAGUCCCAGCUGCUGAAAUUCGUGGAGCGCUGCGCCCCCAUCGCGGUCUACACCUCUGGGAAGGGCAGCAGUGCGGCCGGACUCACAGCCUCGGUAAUGAGGGACCCCGUUACCAGGAACUUCGUCAUGGAGGGCGGGGCCAUGGUGCUGGCCGACGGGGGCGUGGUCUGCAUCGACGAGUUCGACAAGAUGCGAGAGGAUGAUCGCGUCGCUAUCCAUGAAGCGAUGGAGCAACAGACCAUCUCUAUCGCCAAGGCUGGCAUCACCACCACUCUGAACUCUCGCUGCUCAGUCCUGGCUGCUGCUAACUCUGUGUUCGGUCGCUGGGACGAUACGAAGGGAGAGGAGAACAUCGACUUCAUGCCCACCAUCCUCUCCAGAUUCGACAUGAUCUUCAUCAUCAAGGACGAGCACGACGAGCACAAGGACAUGACGCUGGCGAAGCAUGUGAUGAACGUGCAUCUGAGCGCGCUCACAACCAACCAAUCCAGCGAGGGGGAGAUCGAGCUCAGCAUGAUGAAGAAGUACAUCUCCUACGCCCGGACGAAGUGCGGUCCACGCCUCUCGGCCGACGCGGCGGAGAAACUGAAGAACCGGUACAUUCUAAUGAGGAGCGGAGCGAGAGAACACGAGAGAGCGAGCGACAAGAGAUCCAGCAUCCCCAUCACUGUCAGGCAGCUGGAGGCCAUCAUUCGUAUCUCUGAGUCUCUGGCCAAGAUGAAGCUCCGCCCCUUCGUUGCCGACGGCGACGUGGACGAGGCGCUCCGACUGUUCCAGGUCUCGACGCUCGACGCAGCCCGGUCCGGGAGCCUGUCCGGGGUGGAGGGCUUCUCCACCCCGCAGGAUCAGGAGAUGAUCUCUCGUGUGGAGAAGCAGCUCAAGAGGAGGUUUGCGAUCGGCUCUCAGGUGUCGGAGCACAGCAUCGUGCAGGACUUCAUCAAGCAGAAAUAUCCGGAGCACGCGAUCUACAAAGUUCUUCACCUGAUGAUGAGACGAGGAGAGAUCCAGCACAGAAUGCAACGCAAAGUGCUGUACCGAAUCAAAUAGAGACAGAGGGACGGGGACAGGGGGACACAGAGAUCCAGCACAGAGUGCAACGCAAAGUGCUGUACCGAAUCAAAUAGAGACAGAGGGACGGGGACAGGGGGACACAGAAAUCCAGCACAGAGUGCAACGCAAAGUGCUGUACCGAAUCAAAUAGAGACAGAGGGACGGGGACAGGGGACAGGGGGACACAGAGAUCCAACACAGAAUGCAACGCAAAGUGCUGUACCGAAUCAAAUAGAGACAGAGGGACAGGGACAGGGGGACACAUAGCUCUCUCUCUCCUCUCUCUCUCUCUCUCUACAAUGCUGUUUUUUUGGGGUUUUAUAGUGUUAAAUAAAUAAACCUGUGAUGUCACGUCUUGUUUUUUGUAAUGCUUUUGAAUCUUCUUGCUCUGUGAAUUCUAACCCUGUGUGUUCCUGGGUUUGUGUUCUGUCUGGUUUUUUCCUUCACAAUAAUAAAAGCCAAUAUUUUGCAAUAGAAAA